AUGUCCCUGCCGUUGAACCAUUCCCAUGUCGACCGCGAGAUUGCGGCGGUGAGCCACCCGUGCAGCAAGCGCUACGGUGGCUUCCUCAGCUACAACGAGACGAAGAAGUUUAUGGAUAUCAGUCCGCACACCGAGAAAAAGGUGCAGGAUUGGCUCAAGGCGCAAGGCAUCACGAAGCGUGCUUCGAACGGCCUUAUUGACUUGGAUCUGAGCGUUCGUGACGCCUCGCGACUCUUCAAUGCUACCUAUCAUGAGUACGAGCACGAGGAUGGGCGCCGAUCGCUGCAUGCGAAACGCCACCGGAUCCCCGACGAACUCCUUGGCCACGCCGAGGUGUUUGGCCCUUCGAUCGGAAUGGCGUCUAAGCGCAGCACGAUCCGCUCGACCGUGACGCCGCUGAUGCGCCGCGAUGACGAUCCCGAGGGUACGGACGACUGUGACGCUCCCGUGUACCCGAGCUGUAUGCGCAAGAUCUACGGCACUGAUUCGUACGAGGUGCAAGUCCCUGAGAAGAAUGGCAUUGGCGUUGCUGGGUUCCUCGGCCAGGUUCCCAAUCGGGACGCGCUGCAUGCCUUUGCCGAAUCGUACCGCCCCGAGGCGCACGAUGCAGAGUUCAAGAUCUCGUACGUCUCGCGCGGCUCGAACAAGUCGCUCGCGACAAAGACGCAGGAGCACGGCGGCGAGGCCGACCUGGACCUGCAGAUCGUGACGACGCAGGCGUGGCCCGUGCCUGUCACCUACUAUUACGAUGGCGGCACUCCACCCACGCAGUCGGGCAAUCGUGCGCACGUGCACAACGAGCCCUACCUGAGCCUGUUCCAGUACUUGCUCGACCUCCCCGAUGCGGCGCUGCCGUCGGUGCUCACCAUCUCCUACUCGGACCCCGAGGAGACGGUGCCCAAGUCGUACGCUAAGCGUGUAUGCCACUACGCUGCGAUGCUGGGUCUGCGUGGCGUGACCAUUAUUGCCGGUAGUGGCGACGAUGGCGUGGGUCCUGCGAGCGAAAACAAGUGCAAAAAGGAUGGCUCGAAGCGCUUCGUGCCCUGGUUCCCUGCAUCCUGCCCUUAUAUCACCACUGUUGGCGGCACGGCGUCGCCGCCCGACGAGACUGUCGCCACCAAAAGCAAUGCCGGUUACGUGACGGGCUCGGGCUUUUCCGAGUACUUUGCGCAGCCCCACUGGCAAAAAGACGUUGUGAACAGCUACCUGGAAGACGAAGUGCCGCAAGAGUACAAGUCGUAUAUCAAUACGCAGGGCCGCGCCUACCCCGAUGUCUCGGCGGUGUCGGCCUAUGUCGCAGCGCAAUUCAAGGGCGCGCCGCGUCAAUUCUCUGGCACGAGUGCCUCGGCACCUAUCUUCGCAUCUGUCAUUGCGCUACUUAAUGAUGCACGUAUCGCGGCCAACAAGUCGCGACUUGGUUUUUUGAAUCCCCUACUCUACCAGCACCUCGGCCCCACGCCCGGCACGUUUAAUGAUAUCACGACCGGCAGCAACUCGGGCUGUGGCACGGACGGUUUCAAGGCCGUGAAGGGCUGGGAUGCUGUUUCUGGAUUUGGUUCGCCUAAUUUUACCGCAUUGCACGAUGCUUUGCUGCACACCUCUCCGUCGUGCGGAGUCUAA